CUCCGCAAUUUUACUAUGGCGCCCUCUACGGGAAAAGCUUAUAAGGUCAAGCGCAUGCGCUUAUCUUUUUCAUCAAGCAACAUGGAGGCCUAUCAGAAUUACGAAGGACAUGCUACAAAGCGUCAAAGAACAGAUACAGGAGGAAGGGGAAUACAAUCUGGAGCAAGGGAUUUAUUUGACGAUCAGCACAAGCCUCUGCCAUCAUGCGUUGUCCAUGUAAGCAAUCUCUCUGAGAAUGUUAGCGAUGCUGAUCUGGUUGAAGCCCUGCAGCCCUUUGGACCAAUUAGCUUUGUCCAUCGUAUUCAGAAGGGUCAAGCACUAGUGGAGUUUGAAGAAAUGAAGAGCUCCAAAAGUUGUGUUGAAUUCACACAGGCUCAUCCAGAUAACAUCAUCAAUGUUGGAGGAAAGCCAGCUUUCUUUGACUACUCCAACAGUGCCAGGAUCAUCCGACCUGGAGAAAAUGACAGCGAAGCAAACAAUGUACUUCUCAUGACAGUGGUUAGGCCAAAGUAUAGAAUCACCACGGAUGUCAUUCAUACCAUCUGCAAAGGAUUUGGAAAUGUCCUCCGCAUUGUCAUCUUCAAGAAGAAUGGAGUCCAAGCCAUGGUGGAGUUUGACACCGUCCAGAGUGCCACUCAUGCCAAGCAGAACCUGCAUAACUGUGACAUCUACUCUGGUUGCUGCACUCUCAAGAUCGACUUUGCAAGGCCUAAAACCCUGACUGUCUACAAGAAUGAUGGAGAGACAUAUGACUACACCAACCCAGGCUUGAAUGCAGCUGCACAAGGGCGUGCCCUUCUUGAUGACCCCCCUGAACCAGCUUACAAUGGACCCACCACCAUGAGGAGGGAGGGUCCAGGAGGUGGACCUCCUCAGUAUGGAGAAUAUGAUCACUCCGCAGGAAUGCAGGGUCCAGGACCCCAGGGUGGGCGACGCGGUGGACCUCCAGGUUUCCAUGAUCAGGGCUUUGGACCAGGAGGCCCCCGUGGCUACCCGGCUGACAGGGGGGACUUUGGUGGGUACGGAGGUGGACACCAAAUGAUGGGCAUGCAGGACCCUCAGAUGCACCAGCUAGGCAAUGGUAAUCCAGUGGUGAUGGUCUACAACAUGAACCCCGGUCAGAUGAACUGUGACAAACUCUUCAACCUUUUGUGUCUCUAUGGCAAUGUGAUCAAGGUCAAGUUCAUGAAGAGUAAGCCUGGCUGUGCCAUGGCAGAGAUGUCAGAUGCCCUGUCUGUGGAGAGAGCUAUCACUAACCUCAGCAACAUUGAGUUCUUUGGCUCUGCUGUCCAGCUCUCCUUCUCCAAGCAGAACUGCGUUGCCUUGUCUCAGGUGCCAGGUGAGCUUCAUGAUGGGUCACCUUCCUGCAUGGACUACACCAAGAGCCGCAACAAUCGCUUCAGGAACAAGGAGGCAGCAAGCAAGAACCGUAUUCAGCAGCCAUCCAAAGUUCUGCAUUUCUUCAAUGCCCACCCAGAAAGUACUCCACAGACCAUCAAGCAGGUCUUUAUCAAUGCUGGUGCCAAAGAGCCGACCGCUGUGAAGAUGUUCGACCAGAAGUCUCGGGUGCAAGAUUCCUCCAAAGCUGACCGAAGCAGGACUGGAUUAGCCGAAUGGAAUGACCGAGCCUCUGCAGUGGAAGCCCUCUGUGUGGCUAACCACACCAACAUGGAGAAUCCUGGUGGCAAAUGGCCUUACAUUUUCAAGCUCUGUUUCUCCAACAGUCCACAUGCCCAGUAAAAUGCCAUCAAUUUGUUUUCCUCAUUGCACUUCUUUGAUGUCUAGUAUCAAAACUUCUACGAGAAUGGAAAAUGUAUCGUAAAAUAUAAUGUGUAGAUUCAAUACCAGUUGUUCAGUGGUCACUUUAGAUUUUCAUUUCAUGCACUACUAGUAUCUUACAGAUAAGUCUAGUAAGUGGAGGCAAGAUUAUUUUGUUAUUUACAAUUACACUCGAAAGUUUAUACAAAUAGGGAGGGUUAUUGUAUUCUAUGACCAGAAGGCUGUACUAUCAUUUAACAUUUACAUUUUUCAGAGGGCAGUUUUGCUUCGGAUCAUUCAAGCAUUUUAUAUUGUGUACAUUUAUGGAUGCACACGUUUCCAAUACACUUGUUCUUUUAUGUAGUAUUCAGUUAAAGUUGAAUUGUUGUGCGUCAUUUUUAGAUACAUGUAUGUGUACAAAAGUGUAGGUUGGAGGCUAUGUUUUUUUUCAUGGAGGAGUAUAAUGUAAUUUAUCCGAUUUCUGAUGUGGGAUAUGUACAAAGAUUCUUACACCAUACAUUUAGGUCUGUCAUCAUUUUAUCACAAAUUUUGUGAAUGCAAGUAUCAAAUCAUUGUUUGUAUCAUUGCAGAAGUAUGUAUGUGUUUUGCAGCCCGUUUUGAAUUUUUGUAGAAACUAUCCUUGUAAAAAUGAUAAACGUAAAUAAUCACAUGAGCUACCGAACAAAGCCAUUUAUACCCAUGUCAUGACAAUAAAUGUUUAUCUUUUUAGUAUUGAAUGUACACAUUACUCAUUUAUUUGAUGUCUUACACAUAUAUCUCCACUUCAUGAUCAAUUUUGUGUACAUGUCACAUGCCCAUUUAUAUGUACACUUGUAUGUGCAUUUCUCUGACUCCAAUCUUAGACAUGUACGUGUAUGUGCCUUUAGAAAAUGCAAGAGCAAGCAACCUUGGUUGUAACACAUACAUCUGUUUUAAUCAUUCAAAUUGUUGUAGUUCGUUUCUUGUUUUUGUUUAACCAACCAAACAUUGCAUACGCAUGUGCAUUAUCAUGAUCAAAUAAUGUAGUGAUGCCACACAUGUGUAUCUUUAGAAGAAAGUGGCAUUUGUACUUCAUAUAGCAUACAUGUUUCAGGCCGACCAAGGGAGACUGGCCCUUGUUUAAUAAAGUUUGACCUUUAUAUUGCUUUUAAGAUCUUGCAUUUAUGCUAUAUUGCACCUGUCAUAUCUUGUCCUAGGUGCAGGGCCGCAUAUUUUCUUGAAUGGAGUACUAACUUUAUGUUGUAACUGAAAUCUUCUGCACAAUAAAGUCAUCAGAACACCAUUCAAGAGGAGAAUACAAGAGUUGUAUUUUAUCAGUUUCUUUUUUUAAUGAUAAUGAUGAGAUAACUAGAUCAGAGUAAGCAUGGUGAAAUUGAACUCAAAAUACUGAUGAUGUCAUACUUUAGACAGUUUAAAUGUCAUGUAUUUGAGAAUACAUUUACACCAUACCUUUAUUGAACUGGUACACCAUCAUUUGCAGGUUGGAUUUAACUACUAUAGUUAUCAAAAACAAGUGAAAUUUCAUUCUCUGAUACAUCCCAUUUACCAACACUGUUCGUAUUGAUCUGAAGUUCUAAGUUUGUGUUUCUUUUACCUCCAAUCUUUCCUCUCAUUCCUCUUUGGAAAAAACCUUUCAUGUUUUGUUUUUCUGUCUUGUAAAUGUGAAAAACGUGAUUUUUAAAAUGUACUUUGCCCCUAUCAUUGCAUUUAAUAAAUUCAUCUCUUUACCGAUGAAAAA